AGCUUUUUCAUUUUUUAUGUGACUCAGUUUUAUUGUGUAAUCAGCAUGUUGCGUUGCCAGUCAUAUGUGGAGAAGUGGGUAACUUAGGCCACUGGCAGCCAUAAGGAGCCAUACAUCAUGUGUGAUCAGCAAGUAUUUUCGGUGUUUGAUCAUUUUAAUUUUUCAGUUUGCAAUUUAGUUUAGAAAUAACAUUUUUUUCAACAUAUCGUUGUUUACUUUUCAUAAGUUAGAAUCUACCGCGGCCCUGGCCCACUUGAGUGAAAAGUGGUUGGCACGCCUUCUCUGUUAAAGGAGGCAGGAUCAUCGCUCGAUCCCGUGUCUCGGAUACAAACGCUUGGCCCGCAUUGAAGCUGUAUAUUUUUUAGUAGUUGCGCAACUCAACAGUUCACACAGAACUAUGGAAACCGGAGUGCGAAGUAGUUAUAUCCAUCCCCGUUCUGAAGGUGUAAUGGCAAAAGAAGAACUCCCUCUUUAAUAUUCUGUGGUGAUUGUAAUAUAUUUUGAAGUCGCGUUUAUUUUAUUUUUUACUUUUCGGAAAACCUGGGAAUACUGUGAGUGUCAAGGGGAAGCGUGCUGUCAGUGGUUCGCUGGACUGACUUUACAAGCAGGAAUGGCCACUGCAAGGCUUGAUUACGUUGCUCCGUGGUGGACAUACUGGCUGCACAAUUUCCCUCACUUCAAUUUCUUUUUCCAGUCGGUCGACAACACUUUCAAACCGGAGGAGGCGAGCUACCAGCAGUCUCUGAUAUUUCUAGCAUGUGUCGGUGCAGUGGGUCUGGGUCUGAGCCUGCUGGUUCUGGCAGUAUACCUGGUCUGCCUGUGUUGCUGCCGCAGGGACAUAGAUGAUGACACCAAAAGGCCUGAUACCUGCUGUGUCACCUGGGCUGCUGUCAUCACAGGUCUCAUCAUAUGUUCUGCUGUAGGAGUGGGUUUCUAUGGAAACAGUGAGACCAACGAUGGGGUGUACCAGCUGACCUACUCGCUCUCCAAUGCCAAUCACACAUUGGGUGGCAUCAACAAUCUGGUUGCAGGAUCUCUGAGCAAUGUAGAAACCGGACUUAAACAGCACCUGGAACGGCUGGAUGAAAUCUUUGCUACAAGGUCCGACUACCUCCAAGCUCUGCGCUUCAUGCAGCUGAUGGUCAACAACGUCAUCCGCGAGCUGGUUGCUCUGCCGGAUAUCAACAAAGCCAACGUUGACUUGGCAGCCAUUGCUGACCAAACAGCCUUCAUUGAGUAUUACAGAUGGCUGACCUAUCUGCUGCUGCUGAUCAUGGAUCUGGUCAUCUGCCUGGCCAUGUGCUUGGGGAUGGCCAAGCAGUCUCGAUGGCUGCUUAUCACGAUCGUGGCUUUUGUAGUGCUGUCUCUGAUCCUGAGCUGGGCCUCGCUGGGAGUGGGCACUGCUACAGCUGUGGGCACCAGUGACUUUUGUGUGUCUCCAGACAAGUUUAUUGUUAACCAAACCAAGGAUUUCCUCAGUGCAGAUGUUGCACACUAUUAUUUGUUCUGCAGUCCGAAUCUACCAAACCCCUUCCAACAGUCUUUGACAAUCUGCCAACGUUCUCUGACCACCAUGCAAAUCCAGAUCCAGGGCUUGCUGCAGUUCUCGGUGCCCAUCUUUCCCACUGCUGAGAGAGACCUUUUGGGGAUCCAACGACUGUUGAACUCCACCGAGUUCAGUCUACACCAGCUAACAGCCUUGCUCGAUUGCCGCGGGCUACAUAAGGACUACUUGGAUGCCCUAAUGGGUGUGUGCUAUGAUGGGGUGGAAGGGCUCCUCUACCUUUCUUUGUUUUCUCUGCUGGCUGCUUGCGCACUCUCUGCCAUUCUGUGUGCGAUUUUCAGACUGUGGACUCUAAUGGGCAGCAGAGAUAAAGAGUAUGACGACAUAGAUGAGGAGGACCCAUUCAACCCCCAAGCGCGGCGGAUAUCCUACAACCCCAGAAGGUCUGACAUCCACAGUUUCUGUAGCUAUACCAGCAGCCUUGGUAGCCAGGCCAGCCUUCAUCCACCUCCGCAAUCUGCUUCUAAUGUCAUGCCACCUCCUGAAUACAUGAAUCAGUCCAUGCUGUUUGGAGGGAGUCCUCGAUAUGAGAACGUUCCGCUGAUAGGGAGAGGAUCCCCACCUCCCUCGUAUUCACCCAGUAUGAGGACCAACUAUCUAUCUAUGACUGAUGCCCAGAUCAGACACUUUGGGACUGACUUCCAGGUGUAGCCUGCUACCUACCUGAAUCCUUUUCAGAGAAGCACUGUCUGAGACUCUGAGUUCUUACCAAGAAGGCUGUCUUCAAGGCAUAAUCCUGUUUUACAGGAGCUGCAGCCCACUGUCCCAAUCUGAGAUAUGAAAGCAGGCCAUAUGAGGCAAUUACCUCUGUAACACACCAAAGCAGUGCUCUGAAAGCCCUGCAUGCAGUUUUGAACAGAGAGUGCCUGUACAGGUUCACUGCAAGACUGUUGUUGAUGUUGUCAUGAUGUGCGCAAAUACUGUUACUCCAAUGUGUAAUGUAAGCUUUUCUAUGAGCCAAAUCAAGAGAUGAUUGGAUCAAAAAUUGUUUUUUUGCUUUUUUCUAUAUUCUGGUGGCCUAUAUGAUCAUCAAUACGGUCAGCAUUUUGAUGUGAAGUGGGCUGCCUGAAUAUGAUCCAUACUGUCCAUCAUGAUAAUUAGAUUUUUUGCAAAAUCCCUACUCUUUGGCAAUAAUUUAAUGCUUUCAUAUUUUAGGCCUUUGUGUAAUUUUUCAUGGUGCUUUAUGAAAACGAAACACCAUAUUUUCAACUUUUCUAAAUAAUAACAAAAGAUGUCAAUGAAAACCAUACCAAAUAUUAUAGUUUUGUUGCAAGCAGCCAAAGACAUUGAUAUUUGUGAUCAAUUUUAUUUUUCUCUGUAACUGCCACAGGUUUAAGCACAGCUUUGUUCUAGUUGUAAUGCUGUGUUACGAUGUACUGUAUGACCUGCUGAUCAGGGUUGAGUCAUAGCUGAUGGGUUUAUUGUUGUUCUUUUGCUUAAUUUGGAGACUAUAUAGCAGUUGCAUGUGGGAAAAUUCCCCAAGCCUAAAUUAGCAGAAUGGGAUUCAGUUGCCUUCCAGGCAUUUACUAUUGUGCUGUUACACAACUGGUAAAACAUGAACCGAAUAUGCAGAAAUCUUAAGUUUGUUCUCAGGUCCAUUUGCCUUCAGUAUCUUGUGAAUGAGAAAUUGUUGUCUCUUCACUGUUUGAGAAAUCUGCUGUAUGCUGUUUUCUAUGUUGGAUAAUGUUUGACCAUAAAUGCUGUAUUAAGA